CGCGAUGGCUCCCAAGAGACGCCCAGAAACUCAGAAGAUCCCCGAGCUGGUGGUGCGCCCCAAAAGCAAGAGGAACAGGAGCCCCGGGGAGCCGGAGCCCGAGGCCAAGCAUCUCUGUGUGAAGCGCCCCGGUUCCAGCAGAAGAUUUGGCUCCAGCUGCCCUCGGGAGGGGCUGGCUCGCCUGCAGGUCCCACCACCUUGCAGCUGCUUCCUCAGAGCCCUCCAUCGGCACAGGCUGGGCCAGUCUGCCCCGCCAGCUCUGCAGCAGGCUCUGCAGCAGUCAUUUUUGAACUCUCUGACUUCUUAUCGAAUCUUCCAAAAGGCUGCCCCCUUUGAUAGAAGGGCCACAGCUUUGGCCUGGCACCCGACUCACCCCAGCACCGUGGCAGUGGGUUCAAAAGGUGGUGAUAUCUUGCUGUGGAAUUUUGGCAUAAAGGACAAACCCACCUUCCUGAAAGGGAUUGGAGCUGGAGGGAGCAUCACCGGGAUGAAGUUCAACCCUCUCAAUGCCAACCAGUUUUUCACUUCCUCCAUGGAGGGAACAACAAGGCUGCAAGACUUCAAAGGCAACACGCUCCGAGUUUUCACCAGCUCCACUACCUGCAACCUCUGGUAUUGCAGCCUGGACGUGUCAGCCCAAAGCCGAGUGGUGGUCACAGGUGACAACUUAGGGAACGUGAUUCUGCUGAACAUGGAUGGCAAGGAGCUUUGGAAUCUGAAAAUACACAAAAGGAAAGUGACCCACGUGGCCCUGCACCCCAGCUGUGACUGGUUCCUGGCCACAGCCUCCGUGGACCAAACAGUUAAAAUCUGGGACCUGCGCCAGAUCAAAGGGAAAUCCAGCUUCCUCUACUCACUGCCACACAGGCAGGGCGUCAACGCAGCUUCCUUCAGUCCCGAUGGUGCCCGGCUCCUGACAACCGAUCAGAAGAGUGAGAUCCGGGUAUAUUCUGCCUCCCAGUGGGACAGCCCCCCCAGCCUGAUUCCACACCCUCACCGCCACUUUCAGCACCUCACACCCAUCAAGGCAAGCUGGCAUCCUCGACACAACCUCAUCGUGGUGGGCCGCUACCCAGACCCCAAUUUUGAAAACUGUACCCCUUAUGAAUUAAGGACAAUCGACAUGUUUGAUGGGAGCUCCGGGAAGAUGAUGUAUCAACUCUAUGACCCAGAAUCUAACGGGAUCAUUUCGCUCAGUGAGUUCAGCCCCAUGGGAGACACGCUGGCUUCUGUGAUGGGCUACCACGUUCUCAUCUGGAGCCAGGACGAUGCUGGGAGAUGAGACCUUAAUGGACAUAGGGGCUCGGAGCCACCCCGUGAGAAGAGGAGACUCUCUGUAAAUAGGCCAAAGGCAUCCAGCUCUUGGAUCGGGACAGGGGCAGUGUGACGUGGGACACCGUGGGACUGCAAUGCUGGGUUGUUGCUGCUCUCAGCUUAGCUCUGGAAACUGCUCCAGAGUUGGGGGUCCUACUGCCUCAUUCCCCCCCCCCCCAUCCUGACUUCUAGUUAGCCUGGAGCAGGGAGAGGAACUCUGGAGCCCAGUGACCUUUCCCUUCUGGAACAGGUAGGGUGGCUAGGUAGUGGUUUUCAGUUUGUGUUCACCAUGGACGUGGCCAAUAAAACUGUACCCAACUCAGCGUCAGAGUGGAUCUUCCA